AUGCACCCCACGGUGCCGCCCUCGGGCGCCAACCGCGCCGCGACCGACGCUGCGGAGCGCGACGCGGCGGCCUGCGCCCAGCGCGACCGCCUCGGCGACUCCGAGCGGCAGCCGGAGGCUCAAGCCGCCUCCCAGCUCGCCAAGCGCUACAAGACGGAGACGUCGUGGAAGGGGUCCCCGUUCCUCGGGCGCAACGGCCCCGACGCGGCGAUGCUCUACCGCUUCCUCGCCCAGUUCACGGCGUGCGACAACGCGAACCGAUUCAAGAAGUUCAAGCAGUACUGCCGCAUCGCGGGAUACGACUACGAGCUCAAGAAGACGUUCCUGGAGACGCUAUGUGUGGCGGACGACCCGGACGACGACGAGGACCUCGGCGUCGACAUGCACGGCUUCAUGGUCGCGCUGAAGAACAUCGAGCAGUUCCAGAAGUACGCCAAGGCCGCGUGGGCCAAGGCCUCCAAGAGCGACACGGAGAUCCCGGAGAAGUUCUACGACGAGCUCCGCGCCGCCUACGAGAACAGCUACGCCAUCGUCCAGUCCAACGCCAACAUCGAGACCUUCCGCAUCGAGCUCGCGGAGGACACGACCGCCGUCGCGUCCAAGACCGCGAAGCUCCGGCGCCGCGUCGCGGAGUACGGGCUGGAGAAGAUGUCGGGGGUGAACGCGACGGACAAGACGUGCACGUUCGUGGCCAACACCCUCCCCCUCCUCGAGCGCUAG